UCAUAACCUACUGAAGAGGAGGACAAUGACACCGACAACUGGGAGUACCACCCGUUUGUAUGCCUUCUCGAUUGUAUUGUUUUAUGCCUGCAAUUGUUGUCUUGCAAUCAAAUAUAAUAUUUGGUUCAAAUAUCCGCAACCCUUUACCCCAUCGCAACCGUUAAUCUAUUGUAAAGAAAAUGCCACCGAAUUUAACGUCACUGCACCCGCCAGUCAAGUCAACUGUACCACUCAGAUACCCAUUUAUGUCAAUACACUGGACUCGGAACGGGCAUAUAUACCAUAUUCAUACAAUCAAUUUGAUUUUUGUCCGUCCAUUGAGGGCUUUGAAUACUCUGAGUCUGACUUUAUUGAAUGGGAUGACAGAAUAUUUAGGACAUCCUAUGACAUAAAGUUCCUCCGCAACGAACAGUGCCGUCUGCUCUGUAAACGGCCUUACGAUUUGAGCCGAAUCUUUGACAUCCAUCGGUUAAGUGUCACAAAAAUGCUGAUGAAUAAAGAAUAUUAUCUUCAUCUGUUUGCCGAUAAUUUUCCCAUUUCCUGGUGUUUCAAUCAAAAUCCACUGGACUGUUAUGUUGGCGCUCCAGUAGGCUAUUAUGUGGACACAAACGGAAAUCCUAAUGACCAGAGAAUCAAAAAGCGAAGCGACACCAAAACCGAUACUUUUUAUUUGUUUAAUCAUUUAGACUUCACAUUUAUCUACGAGAGCGGAGUGGGAAAGUCGUGGGGCGACAGUUUGGGUGAUAAAGUCGGUCGCAUUACAGCUAUCAAAGUCCGACCCCGAAGUAUACGCCACGAGAAAAACAAUUUCAAGAAUUGUGCCGUCGACUCACCGCUUCUGGAGAUACCCAACCAUUUGAACUAUUCGUCCGCAUUUACUGUCUAUCACUCCUAUUCCGUUACAUUUAUCAGAGAUGAUACCACCGGAUCUGACAAACGCUGGAAUCAACUAUUGUCGACACUUUCCGAUGCAAACUCUGGCAAAUGGUUUAUAUUAACCGCUCUUUUAAUUGUUAUUUUGUUGGCCAUUCCCUUCACUUUCAUCUUUUCGAGAACUAUUCUCACAAAACACGAACUGUUCGGUUGGAUCAAUAGUAAGCCAUUGUCUAAUCCUAACUCUGGCUGGCAGUCCAUUGCAAAUGAUAUCUUUAGAAGUCCUAAAUAUCCGCUAAUGUUUUCCUCAUUUAUCGGGUCUGGUGUUCAAUAUAUAUGCUGCUUAGGUGUGGUUGAAUUUUUGGCACUUCUCAUCCAUUUUUCCACAUCACUGGUCUUAAUAGUUUUGGCCACCAUUUUGAUGUUGCUUUUUGUCGGUGGUAUCGGUGGUUACGUUUCAUCCCGUUUUUACAAAAGUUUUGGUGGUCAACAAUGGAAGUACAACUGUUUAUUGACGGCUUCUCUGAAUCCAAUAAUGUUGACGGCCGUACUAUUUUUGGCCCGAAAUUUCUUGCUUAUGGAACAGUCAAGUAGUCUGGCAUUUCCAAUAGGACUGACCGCAUCGUUAUUUAUUUUGCUGAUCAGCUUUGGGUUAGCUCUGCCAUUAACAUUUGCCGGCGCAUACCUAGGCUUUAAUUAUCAAACAACUAUUGAGUACCCGCUCCGUCCGAUUGCCAAUAUUAGAGACAUACCGAAAUCCAGUGUUUACAAUAUGCUACCCAUUUAUCUGAUGAUGACAGGAUUGUUCCCAUUCAUAGCCGUGUGGAUGGUAGAAAACUACCCGUUCUUCAAUUCGGGUGAGUUUAUAAUGACCUCAGCGUCUAUUACAAUAUGCAUACAAACGGCUAUCUGUGCGACAUAUCUUAAUAUAAUGGAUGAAAACCACGAGUGGUGGUGGCGGGCAUAUCUCGGCACCGGAUUUGCGGCCGUCUAUUAUCUCAUUCAUUGUAUUUGUUUUAUCGCAACCACUAUUAUCAUCGAUGAUUUGAUUUCCGGAUUGCUAUACACCUUCUUUGCACUCGUAUUAUCAGUACUACUGUUCUCAAUGAUCGGUACGAUAGGCUUUAUCACCAGUUUUGCCUUCAUUUGGAUGACAUACUCAUUAAAUAAGCCAAACACUGAUAUCGAUUAUUCGACAUUUCCUGAGGCAACAUAACUGACCUUUUGUUUGUCUUAUUUAACAUUAUAUUAA